UUUUAAUUUUCUUACCUUAGUGUUGUUUUUUUUUUUUUUGAGAAAACAAUUAGCUUAAUGUUAGCAAGCAAGCAGGGCGCGCAAAAUAAGAACAAACUUAAAACAAGCUCGAGAAUGGUUUACUUAGGCGUUUACACUCUUACACGUCGCGCCACCUUCGAUUCUCGUGCAAAUCCCCUACAAUGGCUAUCACAAUGCCACACUGUCAAUAUAUUACCUCCACAACCCUAACACAACUUCCAUUCUUACACAAAGCCCACAUAAGAACAAACCCACCUCUAAACUUCCCUAAAUUCUCUCAAAGACCCAUUACUAAUUAUAUCCCUUCACUUAAAGAGACAUGCAAACAAUCAACCCUAAGUGUUGCUUUUCACUCGUUUAAUUUUCUUUUGUCUCAACAUGGUAAUUCGCUACUGAUUAACCCUGACCAUGUUUAUGCGCCACUUCUUGAAUUGUGUGCAACUGAGAAGGCUUUGUUACAGGGCAAACAAAUUCAUGCCCAUAUUAUAAAGUCUAAUGUAGUGUUGGAUUCUGUGUUCUUGAACACUAAGCUUGUUUUUAUGUAUGGAAAGUGUGGGUCUGUUUUGGAUGCGGAGAUGAUAUUCGAUAAAAUGUCCGAGAGAAGUAUUUUUACAUGGAAUGCUAUGAUGGGUGGUUAUGUUUCAAAUGGGGAAGCUUUAGGAGCUCUUGAAAUGUAUAGAGAAAUGAGGCAUUUGGGUGUUUCUUUUGAUUCUUAUACUUUUCCUGUUUUGCUUAAAGCGUGUGGUAUAGUUGAGGAUCUUUUUUGUGGGGCUGAAAUUCAUGGUUUAGCUAUUAAAUAUGGGUGUGAUUCUUUUGUCUUUGUUGUUAAUUCUCUUGUUGCUUUGUACGCUAAGUGUAAUGAUAUAAACGGGGCCAGGAAAUUGUUCGACAGGAUGUAUGUGAGAAAUGAUGUUGUGUCAUGGAACUCCAUAAUAUCUGCCUAUUCUGGGAAUGGUAUGUGCACGGAGGCAUUGUGUCUGUUUAGCGAAAUGCUAAACGCUGGUGUCGUCACGAACACUUAUACUUUUGCUGCUGCUCUUCAAGCAUGUGAAGAUUCUUCCUUUAUUAAACUGGGUAUGCAAAUACAUGCUGCUAUUCUAAAAUCAGGUAGAGUUCUUGACGUUUACGUGGCCAAUGCUUUGGUAGCUAUGUAUGUCAGAUUUGGAAAAAUGCCGGAGGCUGCCGUUAUUUUUGGAAACUUGGAAGGGAAGGAUAUUGUUACAUGGAACUCCAUGCUCACAGGUUUCAUCCAAAAUGGUCUCUACAGUGAAGCUUUGGAAUUCUUCUAUGAUUUGCAGAAUGCUGAUUUAAAACCUGACCAGGUUUCUAUAAUAAGCAUUAUUGUGGCAUCUGGCAGACUGGGGUAUCUAUUGAAUGGAAAGGAAAUUCAUGCUUAUGCAAUAAAGAACGGGUUUGAUAGUAAUAUUCUGGUUGGCAAUACACUUAUUGAUAUGUAUGCAAAAUGUUGCUGCAUGAGUUACGGUGGUCGUGCUUUUGACUUGAUGGCGCAUAAAGAUCUCAUUUCUUGGACUACAGCUGCAGCUGGUUAUGCUCAAAAUAAAUGUUAUUUGCAAGCCUUAGAAUUGCUAAGGCAACUGCAGAUGGAAGGGAUGGAUGUGGAUGCAACGAUGAUCGGAAGCAUCUUGCUUGCAUGUAGGGGACUGAAUUGCUUAGGAAAAAUAAAAGAAAUCCAUGGUUAUACUAUAAGAGGAGGUCUAUCUGAUCCAGUGCUACAGAACACGAUUAUUGAUGUGUAUGGAGAGUGCGGGAUAAUUGACUAUGCGGUGCGAAUUUUUGAGUCGAUUGAAUGUAAAGAUGUCGUGUCGUGGACAAGCAUGAUAUCUUGUUAUGUCCAUAAUGGUCUUGCAAAUAAAGCUCUUGAAGUUUUUUCUUCAAUGAAAGAAACUGGUCUUGAACCUGACUAUGUAACUCUAGUAAGCAUACUCUCUGCCGUUUGCAGUUUGUCGACCUUGAAGAAAGGAAAAGAGAUUCAUGGUUUCAUAAUCCGGAAAGGUUUCAUCUUAGAAGGAUCUAUAUCAAAUACUCUCGUGGAUAUGUAUGCUCGCUGUGGAAGUGUGGAGGAUGCAUAUAAGAUAUUUACUUGUACAAAAAACAGGAAUUUAAUUCUAUGGACAGCUAUGAUCAGUGCAUAUGGCAUGCAUGGGUAUGGUGAAGCAGCUGUUGAAUUGUUCAUGAGAAUGAAGGACGAAAAGAUAAUUCCUGAUCAUAUUACAUUUUUAGCACUUCUUUAUGCAUGCAGUCAUUCAGGAUUGGUGAAUGAAGGUAAAAGCUUUCUUGAAAUUAUGAAAUGUGAGUAUCAGUUGGAGCCAUGGCCAGAACAUUAUACCUGUCUGGUUGAUCUUCUUGGCCGUAGAAAUUGCUUGGAAGAAGCGUACCAAAUCGUCAAAAGCAUGCAGAAUGAGCCUACUCCUGAAGUUUGGUGUGCACUUCUUGGGGCUUGCCGGAUCCACUCCAACAAAGAAAUUGGAGAAGUUGCAGCUGAGAAGCUUUUGGAAUUGGACCUAGAUAAUCCAGGAAAUUAUGUGCUUGUAUCUAAUGUCUUUGCAGCCAAUGGCAGGUGGAAAGAUGUUGAAGAAGUGAGAAUGAGAAUGAAGGGAAGUGGGUUGACGAAAAAUCCUGGAUGUAGUUGGAUUGAGGUUGGGAAUAAAAUUCACGCAUUUCUUUCUAGAGACAAACUUCACCCCGAGUGUGAUAAGAUCUACCAAAAGUUAGCUCAAGUUACAGAGAAAUUGAAGAGGGAAGGAGGCUAUGUGGCCCAAACCAAGUUUGUUUUGCAUAAUGUAGGAGAAGAGGAGAAAGUUCAGAUGCUGUAUGGGCAUAGUGAACGGCUGGCCAUUGCAUAUGGUCUAUUGGCCACGGCUGAGGGAACACCUAUCAGAGUUACAAAGAAUCUGCGAGUCUGUGGCGAUUGCCAUUCUUUCUGUACGUUAGUUUCAAGAUUUUUUGAAAGAGAACUAAUAGUGAGGGAUGCCAGCAGAUUCCAUCAUUUUAAAGAUGGAAUGUGCUCUUGUGGAGAUUUUUGGUGAAUACAGUACAUAAAUUAUUACAUGAGAAAAUUUGCUUGCUUGAAUAAUUUAUUAUAUAGGAAAUCACAGUACAUAAUGUGCUCUUGGUGGGGACUGCAGACAUAGGAAAUCACAGUGACUCCCUUCUCUAGGAGCAUGAAUAAAUUAUUACAUAGGAAAUCGGAACAUUCGAUUUAAGCAGAGCUAGAGAUUGAACUUAGCUCCAUUAUGCACUUUUUACAAACUUAUAUGGGGGCUAUAAAUGAUGUAUCGUCGCCAUGUUAAGAUGCUAAGGAGAGCUGUUGAAGAUUAGUUGCAGCUUCCAGAAAGCUUGGUGGAGAACAAGUGAAUUGACGAUCAAGCUUAUCUGGUUCGGGUAUUUGUGUGGAAGAAUUCAAAGUAUUCCUUCCUAUUUUAAACAACAGCCUCCAGUCCACCGAGCUUAUUAAGCCUACAAGGGAAGGUGACCUCCAGAAGCUGUUGGGCUUAUGUUUUAGACGCUUUCUUAUGGAAUGAGAUCCAUGUUUCAGAAAGAAAGAAUUUAAAAGGAAAAGGAUUUGCAUACCCAUCAACGGACAACGUUAAACAAGAAACUGUUAGCAAUGCCAAAGAGUGAAAAGCAGAAGAGGUUCUGUGUCGUCGCACUCGCAUGGGCCAAGUAAAGGAGGGAGGAGUAGGAGUGAACCACUGCUCUAAAUUCUUACUUGUAUUUUUCGUUCUACUGUUACAGCCACGUUAAUGCAUCUUCCAAACAAUACACUUAGAACUCA